GACACAUUUCACCCUACAACAUCUACACGUAAUUUUUUCUCAUUACUGGACUCUGUUGGUAUACCUUCAGUGCAACUUAAAAUUUAUGAGGAUCUCAAACAUAUUAGUCCUUGCAUUGAUCUAAUUGUACCAACAAGAAGAUUAUGUGCGCAUUUAUUAGAUGAUAUUAGAGAAUGUUGUGAAAACGGUAGGCCAGUUAUGAUGAAUGAAGGUGAAGAGGAAUUAAUACAUGAUGGUUAUAAUCGUC